AGAGGUAAAUAAGGAAGAGAUAGUCUGGCUGGCCUACUUCAAGGAGCAGCUGAUGUCUUAUGCUCAUGUCUGCCUGUGGUCUAGGUUUUCACCGAUGUCUGGACAAACGCUUGCGAGUAUGUAUGUAGCUGAAGAUAGGAAAUAAGCUAUCCAGCGACUGAUAGAUGACUGUACCGUUCAACUGAAAUGAAGAGACAAAUGGGGAACAAGACUUCAUCGAAUGCUCCAAAAACUGAGAAAUGGGAAAACAUGGGUCCUCCUCAGUGGUCAGAUGUCCCGUCUCUUCCGCUGGGGGUGCUGGAGGAGAUUUUCCACAACAUUCCUGCUCAGCAGUUGGUCUGCACCUGCCGUCUGGUGUGCCAGGAGUGGAGGGAGACGGUGGACAGUGGCUGCCUGUGGAAGGAGAGGUGUCGACGAGAAGGCCUUCACCCCUCGGACUCAGACAAAGUUCCAAGUGACUGGAGAUUGUUCUAUUUCCUGUGCAAAAAGAGACGCAAUUUGUUGAAAAAUCCCAAGGCAGAGGAUAACUUUUCAGGAUGGGAGCUCAUAGAAAACGGAGGGGACAAAUGGAAAGUAGAUACUCUCUUUGCGGAACAUCCAGAUAUAACCGUCAAGAAGAACUUUGUCACCUCUUAUUUCUCAUGUGUGAAGCGUCAGCUAGUUGACCUACGAGCAGAAGGCUACAGUGCUGCUUUCAUGGAUGAAUUUCAACCUGACAUUUUCAUAUCUGAUUGGUAUGCACCACGUUGGGAUUGUGGUUGUGAGUAUGAGAUCUGUGUUCAGCUUCUCGAUGCAAAGAAACAAGUGCUCCAGUCUUUCAGGCCUGACAAGGUGUAUUUUGACCAAUGGAAUGACCAGAAAUGGAAUCAGGUGACACAUGUGUUCAGGAGCUAUGGAAGAGGUGUCCGCUACGUGCAGUUCAUUCAUGGAGGGAAGGACACCCAGUUCUGGGCUGGCUGGUAUGGGAUUCGAGUCACAAACAGCAGCGUGGAGAUCUGUCCAGCAGGUGAAGAUGGGGCUUAGCCUUCCGCCUCUUCUACUCGAGGUCCAGUCCUGCUCUCCGAAUAACCCCAAAUGCCUACUCAUCGCACCUUUUCUUGAUUUGACAUUCUCCAAAUUGACCUAAUGGAAAAGCAGGCGUGAGAAUCUGUCUAUUCAGCUGUUCCUAACUGAUCCCUUUUACAUCUCUUUGUCUUUUAAUAUCAUAUGUAUUUCCAUAUGUUAAACAUGUUUUCACUGUAACUCACUCCAUCCAUAUAUGCACCCGUCCGUUCACUAAAGACUAGUACGAUUAAUCCCAUGGCCAUUGGAUCAUUAUGAGGGCAACUUGAACAUAGAAUUCAGGUCCACAUUGUGAAUCCACAAUAACAAUCUGAGGAUUUUACUUCAUUAAAUUGAGGUCAAAGCUUU